AUGGACAAUCUUAGAGAAGAAUGUUUCUUAAAGUAUAUCAAACAGAUAUACCGGCUAACAUACUCGCGAACAAGUCAGUCAGGAAGCCAUGCCACUGUGGCCACGGCUUUUAAGGAUACCAGAAAGAUGCCCAUGGAACCAGAGGUGGCCAUUCACCAGAUUAGAAUUACUCUAACCAGCUGCAAUGUGAAGUCGCUGGAGAAAGUGUAUGCUGACUUGACUAGAGGUGCAAAGGACAAGAACCUGAAAGUGAAGGGCCCAGUUAGGAUGCCUACCAAGACUCUGAGAACCACAACAAGAAAGAUAUCUUGUGGUGAAGGUUCUAAGACCUGGGACCGCUUCCAGAUGAGAAUCCACAAACGACUCAUUGACUUGCACAGUCCUUUUGAGAUUGUUAAGCAAAUCACUUCUAUCAGUAUUGAGCCUGGAGUAGAGGUUGAAGUCACCAUUGCAGAUGCUUGA